AUGAACGCAACCAUGGAAUUGGAUAACUAUGAAACGGUUCUGGAGACCACAGAUGGCUCUGCUUUGAACGAGGGUUGGUAUGUCUCGUACCCAAUGAGCUUCCAGGUUUCCCUGACCAGCUUCCUCAUGCUGGAGAUUGUCCUGGGCUUUAGCAGCAACCUCACCGUGCUCAUUCUAUACUGCAUCCAGUCUAACCUGGUGGAUUCCAUCAGUAACAUUGUUACCAUGAACCUCCACGUCCUGGACAUUAUCAUCUGCCUCGUGUGUGUCCCAUUCACCAUUGUCAUUGUUCUCAUUCCUCUGGAGAGAAAUGUGGCUCUGAUCUGUUGCUUCCAUGAAGCCUGUGUCACCUUUACCAGUAUUGCCACCGCGGUUAAUGUCCUGGUGAUCAGCCUUGACAGAUACGACAUCUCUGUCAAACCAGCCAAUCGGGUCCUAACGCCCAGUCGGACAAUCCUCCUGCUGACCUCAGUCUGGAUUGUGUCGCUGAUGGUGUUUUUCGUUCCCUUUAUUGAAGUGGAGUUUUUCGGGGAUCCGCUGCACAGUACGGCCUGGCAAAACCGAACACUGCUCUGUGUCAGUGCCAAUGAGUACCAUAAGGAGCUGGGCAUGUAUUACCACCUCUUCAUCCAGAUCCCCUGCUUCUUUGUGGCUGUUGCAGUCAUGUCGGUCACCUACACCAGGAUCCUCCAGGCCCUGAACAUCCGCAUCGGAUCACACUUCACACGCAGUCAAAAACGCAAAAGCAAAAGUAAGAAGAGGAAGAAGAAGAAGCCAGGGAGCUCCCUCAGCAACCAGUAUGAGACAAAGAAGCUGACCUCAGCACCAGUCACUCCGAAUCCCAUGCCGCUGGGUGUUCAGGCCUCUGUGUCGGUUAUUAUUGCCCUCCGUCGAGCUGUGAGACGCCAUCGUGAUCGGCGUGAGCGGCAGAAACGAGUCUUCAGAAUGUCUCUGAUCAUCAUCUCCACCUUCGUCGUCUGUUGGGCCCCCAUUUCCAUCGUGAACCUUCUCAUUCUCUGCCUAGGGCCCAGCGAUUGGUUGGUGAAGCUCCGGAUCUGCUUCCUCGUCAUGGCUUACGGUUCCACGGUCUUCCACCCGCUCCUCUACGCCUUCACCAGGCAGAAACUCCGGAAAGUUCUCAAGAACAAAAUGAAGAAGCGGGUGGUAUCAGUUCUGCAGGUAGACCCUGCCCCCAGUGGGACAAUCAUUCACAAUUCCUGGGUCCAUCCCAGAAAGACACAUAAACUGAAGCUGGAGUGCAGUGAUGCUACUGACCACUGCCUAACAGAAGCGGCCAAAGACUGA